UUUUGCAGUUGCGCGAAAGCAAUGAACAAGGGAGGAAGAGGUAAGAGACAGCAGAGUAUUUUGGGGUUUUUUAACCCACCCAAAAAAGUGAAGAGGCAGCAGACAGUGUUAGAGCAGACAGAGGAUACACCAGAAGGAGAGGAUUGUGAGCAAGUGCAGGAGCAUGAGAGAGAGGAGCAGGAGCAGGAGGGAGAGGAGUGUGAGCAGCAACAGGAUGAGACAGAGGAGUGUGAGCAGCAGCAGGAGCAUGAGGGAGAGGAGGAGCAGCAUCAGGAUGAGACAGAGGAGUGUGAGCAGGAGCAUGAGGGAGAGGAGUGUGAGCAGCAUGAGGGAGAGGAGGAGCAGUCAAAGCUGUAA